UCCGGCCAAAGCUGCCUCAAGCUCAACUGGCGGUUGCAAAGCUUCCACUCUCUGCGCUCCCCCUCUGCAACAUCGGCUCCCUUUCCGACCACCGCCGUAAACCCCUCUCUCCUGUCGCCGACCCCCCGCCAGCAUGCCUGACGUCGUCGACCCUCGUAUGAUCUCCGUCCAGCCAAGGAUACGGUACAACACCAUUGGCGGCGUGAACGGUCCUUUGGUCAUCCUCGAGAACGUCAAAUUUCCCAAAUACAACGAAAUCGUGUCUUUAACCCUUCCCGAUGGCUCCGAGAGAUCCGGCCAGGUGCUUGAAGCCAGAGGGAACAAGGCCGUCGUACAGGUCUUCGAAGGCACAUCUGGCAUUGACGUCAAGAAGACCAAAGUAGAAUUCACCGGCCACAGCUUAAAGCUCGGUGUGUCCGAGGACAUGCUGGGCCGCAUCUUCGAUGGCUCCGGACGUCCAAUCGACAAGGGCCCCAAGGUUCUCGCAGAAGACUACCUUGACAUCAACGGUAGCCCCAUCAAUCCUUACUCCCGAGUCUAUCCGCAAGAAAUGAUAUCCACUGGCAUCUCCGCCAUCGAUACUAUGAACUCAAUCGCUCGUGGUCAGAAGAUCCCCAUCUUCUCGUCGGCUGGUCUUCCGCACAACGAAAUCGCUGCUCAGAUUUGCCGGCAGGCUAGUCUGGUCGGGAAACCGACAAAGGAUGUACACGACGGCCACGAAGACAACUUCUCCAUCGUCUUUGGUGCCAUGGGUGUCAACUUGGAAACAAGUAGAUUCUUCACAAGAGAUUUCGAGGAAAACGGGAGCAUGGAGCGUGUGACGCUAUUCCUAAACUUGGCCAACGACCCGACAAUCGAACGCAUCAUCACGCCGCGCCUGGCACUCACCACUGCCGAAUACUACGCCUACCAGCUCGAGAAACACGUCCUCGUCAUUCUUACUGACCUUUCCUCAUACUGCGAUGCCCUGCGUGAGGUCUCCGCAGCCCGUGAGGAGGUCCCCGGUCGUCGUGGAUAUCCCGGCUACAUGUACACGGACUUGUCUACCAUCUACGAGCGUGCUGGGCGUGUAGAAGGCCGAAAUGGUUCCAUUACGCAGAUUCCGAUUUUGACUAUGCCUAACGAAGAUAUUACUCACCCUAUCCCAGAUUUGACAGGAUACAUUACUGAGGGUCAGAUUUUCGUCGACCGUAAGCUCCAUAACAAGGGCAUCUACCCGCCCAUCAACGUGCUGCCGUCUCUUUCACGUCUUAUGAAGUCCGCUAUCGGCAAGAAGCACACACGGGGAGAUCAUGGAGAUGUGUCCAACCAGCUGUACGCCAAGUAUGCCAUUGGCCGUGAUGCCGCAGACAUGAAAGCCGUCGUUGGUGAGGAGGCGCUGUCCAGCGAGGACAAACUCUCACUCGAGUUCCUGGAAAAAUUCGAGAGGACCUUCAUUUCACAAUCGCCAUACGAGAACCGGACCAUUUUCGAAUCUCUGGACCUUGCAUGGUCAUUGCUCAGAAUCUACCCCAAGGAAAUGCUUAACCGCAUUCCCGCGGACGUUCUGGAUCAGUACUAUGCUAGGAAGCAGCGCGAGGACGACAGGAAGAGGAAAGGUAACAAGGAUACGCGGGAUCACUCGGGCGAGGGUCAAGGCGAGAGCCUGAUAGAUGUAUGACGUUGACUGCGGUAUGAGGUUUUGGCAAUGGGGCGUCGAGAUCACCAUGUAAGCGAGAUGCCCCAGUUGAACCAGUCCAUGGCUAGCGGCAUCAUGUCUCUUUUUGCAUCGAAUAUAUGCCAUUUGAAAGUAC